GAUGCGGGGAAGCACCCACCACACUUCAAAGAAUCAAAGGACCGUCUGCCCAGCGUUUUAACUCUCAACCUACUCGAGUCCUCCACUCGUAAUAUCUUCAGUUUCUGCCUCGGCCUCUUCCUAUGCUUCGGCUUCUACUUCUACUUCUGCCUCUGUUCUAUUCCCACUGCCUGCCAUGCCGUCAUUCACCCUCUCUGCCAAACCAGGCACCGAUAUUUGGAGGAAACCUCCUACCACAGAUGUCUUCAACGCUCCCACAAAGCUGAGAUCCACCAAGCCCCUCUCCGCCUUCCACUCCGCCAGCGUCACUUUCAGCGGUAAAUGGACCGAACAAUACGACCAAGCCGGGCUCGUCCUCGUCCUCCAGCCCCGCCAUUCCUCCAACACCACCCCGCAGAAAUGGCUGAAGACGGGAGUCGAGCUCUACAACGGCGUGCCCCAGGUCAGUACCGUUGCUUGCGACCGCUACGCCGACUGGAGCGUCUCCCCGCUCGCCGCCCUCGGUCCGCUCGACCACAACGUCACCGUGACCAUCGAGCGGGAGGAGGACCAUAAUGGCCACAGCGCCUGGGUCUACUACGUGCAUCCCGAGAGUGGCGAGAGGAAGCCCCUGCGGGAGGUGUGCUGGUUUUCCGUCGAGGAAGGCCACGGCGAGUGGGACUUGUCCGUGGGUGCUUAUGUGGCGAGGCCCGCGACCAAUGUGACGGACAGCCUCACCGUUGAAUUUUCCGACCUCGACAUUAACUGGCGCUGAGGAGUUGGAGAAAAUGCGAGUUUUUUUUUUUUGUGCUUGAACACGCCAUCCCCUUGCAGAGAGACAGGGCAGGUACAUGAGACUUGAUAUAUGUGGAAGUGUGGAAGUGUGGAAGUUCAAGGGAACACAAACAAUGCAACGUCAAUCAGUCACGGUCAUCCAUCAGUCAUCACCAGGGACAUGAUCAUCAAACAGGGGCGGCCGGGACUUUUCUCAUUACCUCGCCCUGAUUAGAGGGCUCAAGCCGGCCGGGUGCCGCGCGCUCUACAGACGACCUGCUCCGCUAGGGAGCUUGUCUCGGCGCGGCCCGACAAUCAUCAAGAUCAUCCAUCUCCUU